GUUUUGACUUUUUCUUGAUGUCCAGCUCUCAGGCCUCAGAAAAAAGAAAAAGAAAAAACCACUCUAUUAGCUUUGAGUUGCAAGUCUCCCCCUCUCUCUCCAACAAAUCGCAAAACAGAGUCUCUCUGUCUCUGCUCAGCAGCAGCUACAACAAUGGCUCGCGGAAAUCAAAGAGAGAAAGAUCGUGAGAGAGCUCAAGCUCGUAACGGCAACAAAGGCAAAAAUAAAGACGAUGGUUUGACUCCUGAACAGCGUCGUGAAAGAGACGCGAAGGCGCUGCAAGAAAAGACGGCCAAGAAGGCAGCACAGGCAGCGGGAGGGGAAUCCUCGGGCGGAGGUAAAGGGAAUACUAAGAAAUAAAGAGAAGUUUGUUAUGUUUAAUCAAGCCAGUCCUUUUGUGUUAAUUACUCAUGCUUAAUGAUUUGAAGUUAAUUUGAUAUUUUUUUAUGAAUUAUUAUGUUUUGUUUAAGAAUAUCUGUUGAUUUGAGUUUUUAUUUAAUUUGAGUUUUUUCUCAUUUA